AUGGCAGAAAACAAAUACCCUCCCCCAUCAUACCCGGCGCCUGCCUAUGGGUCGGGUGGCCAAGGUCAAGGUCCAGGUCAAGGUUUCCAAUCCCCUCCUCCCGGCGGCAUGGUCUACGGUCAAGACCAGAACAUGAACAUGAGCCAAUACGGCCCGCCUCCGGGGCAGGCGCAGCAAGGAUACUAUGGUCCUCCCGGUCCCGGGUACGCUGAGCCCGGUGGCUACGGUCCUGGCUACGGUCCUCCAGGUGGCGGACCUGGGUAUGGUGGGUAUGGCUACCAGCAGCAGCCGAAUGUCAUCUACGAGCGCGACAGAGGAGGCGGCGCUGGAGGUGGCAUCUGCGCCGGGCUGUUGGCCGGCGUAACAGGCUCCGUCAUAACCAUGGCAAGCCGCAGCGACUGGGAUGACCUACGCGGUUCUUCCAGUGAGGACGACGACGACUUUGACGAAGCUAUCGAUGACCUGGACCGUGAUCACGAAUACUCUCAGGACUAUCAAGCACAAGGCCGAGCAAUCGAGCUCUACCAUGAAUAUUCGGAGGAUGAACCUGAUGCAGAUGGUCUGGAUGCCCUUCAUGCUCAUGCUGAUCUGGAGGAAAGAGCGAGAUCAGCGGCUUCUGAAUAA